CCCAAGGGCUGGGAUCAAAGGUGUGUGCCACCACUGCCUGGCUCUGCUUCCCUUUUAGACUGGAUCAAUCUUGUGUAGACCAGGGUGGCCUCCAACUCACAGAGAUCCGUCUGCCUCUGCCUCCCUAGUGCUGAGAUUAAAGGUGUGUGCUGCUACUGCCCGGCCUCUGUGUCUAUCUAGUGGCCAGCUCUGCACUCUGAUCUCCAGGCAAGCUUUAUUUGUUAGAGUACAAACAAAAUAUCACCACAUGGGAGAGAGCCUCCCCAGUAAUACAAAACCAUCUUGAGAUGUAGAGCAGAUGACACUUGUCACUGUCUUCCAUUUGUGACCACAGGAGACCACAGAGAAAGAGAUUUCCCAAGAAUGGAGCCCUUGGCAACGACCUUUUGUCCUCUGGAAUCCACACAAUACACCGGAAACAAAUCUCUAAAUGAAACUGCCUGGUCUUCAGAGCAAGUGGCUGAGUACAGUUAUGUUUCUAUCUUCCUGGUGAUGUGUAUGUUGGGACUGGCUGGGAAUGGACUUUUCAUAUGGUUCCUAAUCUUCUGUGUCAAGAGGAAGCCAUUCACCAUCUACCUCCUGCACCUCGCCAUUGCCGACUUCAUGAAUCUCCUCUGUUCAUCCAUCAUUCAACUAGUGAACAUCUUCCACAUCCAUGACGACAAGUUGCUGACUUACGCCAUCUUCCUCAUGAUCUUUGGCUACAACACAGGCCUGCACCUCCUCACAGCCAUCAGCGUGGAACGGUGCCUCUCAGUACUUUACCCAAUCUGGUACCAGUGCCGACGCCCAAAGCACCAGUCGGCUGUGGCCUGUGCACUGCUGUGGUCCCUGUCUGUUCUCGUGUCUGGGUUGGAGAGCUUCUUCUGCAUUCUGGAAGUGAUGCCCCAGUUCCCAGAGUGCCGUUAUGUGUACAUAUUUUCCUGUGUCUUGACAUUCCUGGUCUUCGUGCCUCUCAUGGUCUUCUCCAAUUUAAUCCUCUUCAUCCAGGUCUGCUGCAACCUGAAGCCACGGCAACCAGUCAAGCUCUAUGUGAUCAUUAUGGCCACGGUCAUCCUGUUUCUCGUCUUCGCCAUGCCCAUGAAGGUGUCGCUUAUCGUCGGCUACUAUUUCGACACAACAGAUGCGUCUGUAUGGAAAUCCCUCCCUUACCUGAACAUGCUGUCCAUUAUUAACUGCGGCAUCAACCCGAUUGUCUACUUUGUGGUAGGCAGUCUGCGGCGGAAGAGGAGUAGGAAGUCCCUAAAAGAAGCACUGCAGAAGAUCUUUGAGGAAAAGCCGGCGGUGGGCUCAAGGGAGAACGUUGCACAAUUCUCUCCACCUUAAUGACCUCCUGCUAGGACAUCCCCAGGCAGGUUCCCUGUGUGGGAAAAGAACGCCAUUCUGAAACCAUCUUCCCACCUGGCGGCUCACCAAGAUUAAAGAGAAAGUCCUUCAUUCCUCCUGGAAAUAAAUGAUAACCAAACACACUGUACCCAUGACACACUUGGCCACUGAUAACUUGA